AUGACAUUUGACACAGGCGCCGGUAAAGUGUACAAGCUAAGCGUGACUCAAGCUGUGUGGCUGGAAAGUGGAAGCGUAAACUACAACAGUUAUGAAUAUCUCAUAGUAUCCAGACACCCAGGAUAUCCCAACAAACGCUCAUUGGUCCAGUUUGAAGAUCUUCCCAGCUCGUGUCCUUCAUCAAAUGUAAUUUCCGCCAAAAUGUACUUGUACUAUGAAUAUUCCCACAAAGCAAGUUUUGACACUGCAAAAAGUGUCCCUUUUAUUCCACGCCACCUGCAAGUGCACCUGGUUAAAAAACCGUGGGUUGAAUCUCAAACAACCAGUACUAUGCACCUACCUGGCAGCCCUUGGUCUUCCCGAUGGCUAGCGCUGGACGGCACCGACGCUGAGGCAACUCCCCAGCAGGGAACUGUCACUAUCUUUCCCCACAGACCCAAAGGUUUUGUGGAGUUUGACGUCACAAAUGCGGUGAAGGACUGGAGUAGUGGAGUACCUAAUAACGGCUUGGUGAUACGCGCAACAAACGAGCUGGAUGCUGGUAGGGAUACGCGCUUUGCCAGUAACGCCAAUUCUGAUACUUCAAAGCAUGCGUUUGUUUUGGUGCACUGCAGUGAUGAGUAA